GGGCAUCUGACAAUUCCUUAGCCCCGGUCACGCGCUAGGAAGGGCAACACGCCACGCUUGUUCAAUCGACCCUUUUUUUCGUGGUGCUUCGACUGGUAACCAUCACACCUUUUGCCAGUUAACAGCCAUUGUUAUUUGGUAAUAACUGGUUUUUUUUUCACCAGAUUUCAUCAUUCCACCACUUCUUUUCUUCUGAGGCCCAGCAGAACCUUCUAGCCUAAGUCCCUACACCAAUCUCCUCCCUCUCAAUGACUGACUGGAGUAAGUUGAAGGUCGUGGACCUGCGCGCUGAGCUGAAGCGCCGCGGUCUUCAGUACUCCGGACUCAAACAAGAACUUGUCCAGCGCCUCAGUGACGAUGAUAGCCAAAGCCAAACGGCAGACCCUGGCAAUGAAGCCGAAGAUCCUCCUCAAGAUGUGGAUGGACUUCACACGAAUGAUCCCCAGCCAGUCGAUUCGCCGCCAGUCCCGGAAAUAGCACCCGCAAAUGCAACCUCAGAAGCAACUGCGCAGGACAGCCUCGGGGAUAGACCAUCUCCCCGGGCCGUGCUAGAAUCUACACUCCCCGCCGGCACCGAUUCGCAAGACAUGACGAGUGGUGGCGCAAAGCCCGUUCCUGCUCUAGAACUGGGAUCUGUGCAGCCAUCCGAAGUCCUCCAAGACGCGCAAAAGCGGAAGCGACGGUCUACAAGCCCCCCACCGGAUCCGAAGCGUGCCAAACAUGACGACAGUAGCCCGAUGCAUGCCACGACCAGCGAACCCUGUGCGCUCAUCGACGAUGCUGAAGCGGUUUCAAAUGAAGAAGUGCGCCUCCAGAAGCCACCGGAAUCUGACGUUGCGGAAGACGACAUGUCUCCUCUUCUGAAUCGUGGAGACUCUCGAGAAGGAUCCCGAGACAUUGCUUCUGAUGGGCGCCCUGACCGGGCCGCGACCAAUCGGGACGCCUUCGAGCUUGCACCGGAUUCGAGUGACUCGCGCCUGGUGGUCCACAAUGCUGGAGGCUACGACCGAGUUGUCGAGUCAGCAAUACACCCUAUAACCCGAGCUUUGUACAUCAAGAACUUCAUGAGGCCACUCCGGCCGGAAACAGUAGAGCUUCACAUCAAGGAGCUCGCCGCGCCUCUGAACCACGGUGUUGACGAGCAUCUCAUUGAACGGUUCUAUUUGGAUCAGAUACGGAGCCAUGCGUAUGUCGUUUUCUUCGAUAUCUCAAACGCAGUACGCGCUCGAGCUGGCUUACACGGCGUGGUAUGGCCCGACGAGAGUAACCGGAAGCCUCUAUGGGCGGACUUUGUUCCGCCCCAGAAAGUUGGCGACUGGAUUGGUGAGGAGACAAAUGGUGGCCAGAGAGGCCUGCGCGGAGCCGCCGCGCCAAGGUGGGAGGUCAGGUACGACAAGGACGAAAACGGAAACAUCGUAGCUGUCCUCGACUCCGGAGCAGCACCUCCAUCAUCCGCUACCGAACCUAGAGCAAUGCGUUCUGACCCGCCCCCCGCUGUCGUGUCCGGCUUUCCAAGCAGCACCGCGAACACAAUUCCACUAGGACCUCGGGGUGGCCGAGGGGCUCCCUCGCAGGGCCCUCCCGUCGGGCCGCGAAGUCAAAGAGAAAGCCGUGUUCACGAGCCGCGAAGGCCUGGACCUGGUGGUCCCAUUAAGACGACCCGCACCGGCCCUCGCAUUUCUUAUCAGAUGGUAUCCGAAGAUCUGGCCAGCCGACGUGUGAGCUGCAUGCGAUCUCAUUACACGCGAGACGUCGACCGCGACUUGGGAGCCGAGGAUGAGAUUAACCGAUAUACCUUUGAGUCGGAUGACGUGUUUGUAGAUCGUGGCAAGGAGGUAUUCAUUGGAAUUCGUCCUCCCCAUCGCGAAGCGAAGCGACAACGGCAGCUGGGGGGUGGUACCCCGCCAUUGCGAGGCCCCCCGCCUCACCGUGGCCCUCCGAGGCGUGGCCCUCGUGGACGUCCAACAAGCGAUCGGUAUCUCCCUGGCAUCAACGAGGGCGGCCCAUUCUGGCAAGGCGGCCGAGACAAUCUCUCUUCGCGACUCGAUGACGAUCGCGAUGGUCCUCCCAGACGCUCAGGGUACAAUGGUUGUCGGUAUAGUCGGCAGGGCGAUUCACCUAGAGAAGGGGGGCGGCGUUAUUAGGUGACUACGGAAAGUAA